AUGACGUCGUCGUCCGCCGUCGCGAGCGCCGCGUCCGCCGCGACGCACGCGAUGCGCGCCGCCGCGCGGCCGCGCGCGUCAUCGCGCGGCGCGUCCUCCGCGCCGCGCCGCGCCGCCGUCGCGCCCGCCGUCCCCGGAUCCGCGUCGUCGUCCCGCGACGACGGGAUCGUGGUGCGUCGCCGAGCGAUCGCGCUCCGUCGCCGAUCGCCGAUGACGCCUCAUCCCGCGUUCCUGAGCCCGUUCGAGACCGCGGUCGCGGACGCGCCCGCCUCGGACGCCGCGUCCGCGAAGAAGAAGAAGACGAAGGGCGCGCUGCGACUGAGGAUCGACGGCGAGUGGUACGACUGCACGGGCUGGGCGAAGGCGCACCCCGGCGGAUCGCUCUUCAUCACGCUCAUGGACGGGUGCGACGCGACGGACGUCUUCUACGCGUUGCACUCGUACGGCCCGAACGGCGACGACCUCGCGGCGCGGCGGCUCGCGAUGCUGCCGCGGUGCGACGGCCCGGAGGAGGAGGAGGAAGAGGAGGAGGAGGAGGAGGGAGGACGCGAGAUUGCCGCGCCGUCGAUCGUGCGCAAUCCGAACCACACGAUCGAGACCAAGCCGGGUAACGCGGACGCAAACUUCGCGACGCUGAGGAAGAAGUUCGAGGACGAGGGGUGGUUCGCGCGGGAUCCGCUCAAGGAAGCGAGCGUCCUGUGCCAGGUGCUCGGUCUGUACGCGCUCGGGUGGUUCCUCGCGUGGACGCACCCGAUCCUCGCGUCGCUGUCGUUGGGCCUCGGGAUGCAGCAAGCCGGGUGGCUCGCGCACGAUUACAUCCACGGCCGCGGGAAGUGGUGCACGAUGAUGCGCGGGUUCGGAUCCCUCACGAACGGGUUCAGCACGGAGUGGUGGCAGCACAAGCACAACAUGCACCACUCGUUCACGAACAUCGACGGGCGGGACGGGGACAUCAAGCUCGAGCCGUUGUACUAUCUCCAAGACCCGAAAGUCACCGGAAGGAACGAUAACCCGGGGCUUCGAAAGUGGCAGCACUGGUACGGGUACCCGCUGUACGCCGCGACGUACGCGCUGUGGCGCCGGCACUCGAUGGCGUCCGCGAUCGCGAGACGAGACAAGAAGGAGCUGACGCUGCUGGGGAUCCACUACGCGUGGCUCUUCCUGUGUCUCCCGUGGCAGGUCGCCGUCUCGUCCGUGUUGAUCGGCGGCUUCCUCGUCGGGUCGCUGGUCACCGCGACGCACCAGACCGAGGAGAUCAUGUUCGAGCAGGGCGGCGAGUUCGUGGACAUUCAGUUCCGGUCCACGCGCGAGGCGGACGUGAAGGGCCUGGAGGCGUGGCUGUGGGGCGGGAUGGACACGCAGCUCGUGCAUCACCUGUUCCCGACGAUGCCGCGGUACCGACACCACGAGGCGCGGCCGGUGAUUCGGAAGUGGGCGGAGGAGCACGGGUACGACUUUCGAAUUUCGAGCUCGUGGGAGAUCCUGAGUAAGAACUUCAACCACCUGAAGGAGCUCGCGCACAUCUGAUGAGCGCGCGUGCGUGCGAUUGUUUAUGUGAAUUGUGUUUUAACAGUGAGAACGAAAAAUCUUAUUU